GCCGCUCGUCGCACAAGUUCUGUGCGUUGAUCCGCUCUGCCCACAACGCACUACCGCCGCUGCGACAUCCGAUGUAGUUUCAAUUAAUUACAAUUCAAACUCAUCAAAAGUGUUUCUCGGAGCAUCCCCGCGCCGAUGAACGCUGGAGAAUUGGCUAAAUUCAGUUCUAUUGAGGACAGUUCUGCGAGCAGUUCUGUCCAUGCUGCGAAGGAAUUCCGAACUAGUAAGCGUCUAGCCGGUAAUUAAAUCGAGUGCAAUGCCGAAAGCAGGUGGCGAUAUCGACCUCGAUGGAGUUCUCAACGAAAUCGGUCAGUUUGGGCGGUUCCAGAUAAAGCAGUAUGGCCUGAUGGUGAUACCGGUCAUAUUCCACGCGAUGGCCUUGAGCUACGUGUUCACGGCGGGACGUUUAAACUACAGAUGUGAAAUCCCCGGCUGUGAAGAUGUCCAGCAUCCAACGUAUCUGCCCGCGUGGAUCAGCAACUCGGUUCCAUUCAUCAACGGUGCCCCGUCCCGAUGUGAGCGAUACGAACUCAGCUCGAAGUCAGCCCAAGAUAAGCUCAGCUGUGACGCUGCCGAUUUCGACGCCGACGCCGUCACCAGAUGCGAUAGCUUUAUCUACGAGGAUGAUGAGGUGACAAUCGCGCGAGAGUUCAACAUCACCUGUCCAAACAAUGACUGGAAGCUCGCCCUGGUGGGAACCGUCAACAACAUUGGCCAGUUUGUGGCACUUCCCGUGGCGGGCUACCUGUCCGAUCGGUACGGCCGGAAACUGGUGCUCGUAAUGAGCGUAGCUGGUAGCGCAGUGUUCGGGAUUCUAAGGGCUUACGCCACCAGUUACGAGAUGUUCUUGGUUAUGGAGUUCCUCGACCCCGCCAUGGGAACAACCAUGUACUCAACGGCAUUCCUGCUGGGACUGGAACUGGUCGCUGCUGAGAUGAGGGUCACCGGAAACAACAUAAUCUCAUGUCUGUACGCCCUCGGUGAAGCCAUCUUGGGACUGCUGGCAAUGCACUUCCGGAAUUGGCGAUUACUAUUGAAAGUAGCGUACAUCCCAGGACUACUAUCCGUACCGUUGCUUCUAACGACUUCAGAAAGUAUCCGAUGGCUGAUCUCCAAAGGUCAUCGAGAAAAGGCCUUCAAACUUCUCCAGAAGGCAGCCGCAAUGAACGGGAAACAGUUAUCACCCUCAGCAAUUGACAAGUAUUGCCCAAAACCGGAUGAUGAUCUGGAACACCUCGAACCGGAAAACAGUUCUUUCUACAAGCUGCUUAGAAAUGCCAUUCGCAGUCCCGGACUCUUGCUGAGGGUAGUCAACUGCUCGUUCUGUUGGCUCACAAAUACACUCGUGUACUACGGACUAAGCCUCAACUCUGUCACCUUAGCCGGUGACAAAUACCUCAACUUCAUCCUCGUUGCUCUAAUCGAACUACCCGGUUACGUGAUUCUGCAAAUGAUCCUCGAUCGAAUAGGUCGCCGAAUAACCCUGUGCUCAUCGAUGCUUCUCUGUGGACUGUUUUGCUUCCUGUCGGAGUUUGUCCCCGCAGAGAAUCACUGGACCAACCUGGGCAUGUUCCUCGUCAGCAAACUAGCCAUCACGAUGUCGUUCUGCACGCUGUACAUCUACACGGCGGAGAUCUUCCCGACCAAUUUACGACAGAGCCUGAUGGCCAUCUGCUCCAUGUUUGGACGGUUUGGAUCGAUGAUCGCUCCGCAGACCCCGCUGCUAGCGAAACUGUGGCUUCCGCUGCCGAUGGUCGUGUUCGGAACCAUGGGCAUCGCAUCCGGGCUGACUAUACUGCAGUUUCCGGAAACGCUCAACACUCAGCUGCCCAAUACUGUCGAAGAAGCGAUGAGCAUGAACUCGGAUGGAGACAAAGAUUACCGGAAAGUGAGGACUAAAUGAAUUUAGAUUAAAUGGUUUGGAUGAUCUGAUGAUUGAUAUGACAACAGUUUGUACAAUUGUAGAUUGUAUAAUACACUGCAAUAAAAUGCUGAAAAUUAAA